AUGGAUACAAAUGAUGAUGGUGUACAAGAAACUAGUGUAUAUGGACAUUGUGGUGGUGAAUUGGUGGAUGAGGAUUACCCAGCUCGCCCUUCUAGUGAGUUGGCCAAAAUGAGCAUAGUUGCUGAGAAAGGAUGGUUAAACCUGGCACAUGAUCUUGGCCUUUCAGCACAAGUAUUUCGACUUGGAGGUAUCUAUGGCCCGGGUAGAAGUGCGGUUGAUACAAUUGUUAAGCAGAAGCCACUCUCGGAAGGUCAAAAAAUAGUGUCCAGGCAAUUCACGUCUAGAGUCCAUGUUGAGGACAUUAGUCAGUCACUUAAGGCUGCCAUUUUUAUGCCAUCAUCUGGGAAAAUUUAUAAUAUCGUAGAUGACAAUUCAACUCCAAGGGAAGGAGUAUUUCGAUAUGCCCUGGAGUUGAUAGAGAGAAAGUGGCCUGGCUAUAUCAACCAUGAAGCUGCAUGCUCAAUGGCAAAACCAUGUGAACAGAAAGGAAUUUUAAGAAGAGAUAAAAGAGUUUCUAAUGCACGGGUGAAGAAGGAACUAGGACUGAGGCUUCUUCAUCCUAGUUAUAAAUCAGGGUUGCAGAGCAUUAUUGAUCAGAUGGAUACUCCAGUUUGCUACAACCGAGAGUUCAAACCAAAUAGAUAAAGACAACAAAGAAGAGUGAAUUUCAUGCAAUUGGAUGAAUUGCACUAGAGAUGGGA